CCAGUACGUUCUCGGCGUUGCGCAAAAAACGUCGGCGAAAUAAAAACAUUGCCUCGCGCGAUAACUCGCGUAGUGUCAAGUUUAUUUUUCCUCCGGAGUGGUCAGUCUCCCAACUCUUGCAAACAGUGUGUUUACGAUUUGUGUACAUUUAUCCGUUCCGUUAACCAUACUAAUUUUACUUGGCUUUCGUCUUUUUUUCAAAAAAUAUAUUCACAAUUUCUUCGAAAAACGUGUCGAGUUUCCGUACCGACUAUCAGCAACAAGUGUGCCGUUUAUUUUUCAUCUGUGCCGGAUUCGUGGAAAGUGAAAAAUUGUAGAAAUUUUCAUGCGUAUACUUUUAAACGAGUAGUCUGCCGAGCGGGUUUACCAAUGAUUUAUCAUUAUUUUUCAACCGCCGCUGCGCAAAGCGCUGCUUACGGAUAACGCUUUUGUUUAUGUACCAGUCCCGGAACGACGGGUUCGUGUUUAAUAUUUUUUCGUGCCUCACGAGUCUGCAUCUCAAAUGAACCGAUAAAAGAAGACUAAAACCAAGCAGGAUCUAACAGUAUUGGAGGAGCCAAUCCACAAAAUUUUAAUCGGUGUGGCUCCUGAACAAAACUACAGAAUGAAGGGUACCAAGAGAGAAUGGUUAUUUAGAGUUCAGGUUCCGGGCUUAGAUAAAAAUGAUUGCGUCUACGUGGUGGGUAAUAUCCCAGAACUGGGUGCCUGGAAUCAUAACCAGGCGAUACAGUUACCUCAAGAACGUCAGAAUCCUACCUCAAAGUUGUUCGAUGGGAAUAAUUGUGGAGAUGUGUUAUUCAACGAUGAUGGACAAGACGCAGCUUCCGAUGGACUCCUUGAAGAAGAAACUGAAGGGGGACGAAUUUUCUCACGAACGAUAUCCUUGCCAAUUGACGUUGACGUCACAUUUCGAUAUUUCAUUGCCGUCGUUUGUGAGUCAAACGGUACAAAAAAUUCAGCCAAAACUCUAAUCAUUCGUAAAUGGGAGACUCACAUGACACCUCGACUCAUAAAGAAAAACACAACAAGUAAUCUUUCGGAAUCGAUUCCUGAUCCCGAACGGUUUGGAUACCACAACGGCUACUGCAAAGUUGAAAGAGGCUGGUUAACGGAUGAGACCGUUAUUCAAUUUAAACUGUUCAACAGUCCCAUCAAAAUCUGGAAAAAUCGAUUACAGAAUCGGGAUCUUUUCAUCAAAAUGACUCCGGUAAAUCUAGUCAGGCAUAAUUCUAUGGAAAUGCCACAAUUUGGGGGUGAAUGCGUUGAUGAUAGUCUGUCGAUGGAUACUCAAGAUAUCGUUGAACAGACUCCCUUCAAUAUUACCGAAAUUGCUGUCAUGAACGACGAAGAGGCUACCUUCAAAUAUCAAGAACAAUUUGGCCGUGCCUAUCAAGAGGAUGAGUUUGUUGUCUUCAACGUUGCCGUGCGUUACCCAGACACGAUCGCUUAUCUCGUGGACUUUUACGUCUACAGUUCGAGAAGCUUCCCUGGCGAAUCGCCCCCGAAUCACAUUGGAUUCAGCUACAUCUUGCCCAGCACUCUGCAAUCUAGCGUCGGACUUUUGACAGUGCCAAUAACGAGCACAAAACAUAGACCGAUAGGCCAACUAACUGUCGAAUACAUUACUAUAAAACCCAUACCGGAUUAUCCAUGGGACAUGAGCAUCUCGUACGCAAAACAUUGGGAAGCAAGAUGGUCAGGUUUGGACGUAGGUCAUCGAGGGCUCGGUACUUCAUUCAAGUUCGAAAUGAAAAACUGUGCCAACGUUCGAGAAAACACGAUAGCUUCGCUGAAAACAGCUUCUCAUCACGGUGCAGACAUGGUCGAAUUUGACGUGCAACUUUCUAAAGACAUGAUACCAGUUAUUUAUCACGACUUUCACGUCUCAAUUUCCCUCAAAAGGAAGAAGCAAAUUGACGCUAUGGAUAUGCUUGAAAUACCGGUUAAGGAUCUCACCCUGGAACAAUUACAUUUGCUCAAAGAUUUUUGUUACCCCGAGGACUCAGUGGGUAAGGUGCUGUAUUACAUUGAUAAAGAUGAACAGAGGGGUAAACUAUCGGUUUAUCAUUUGGCCGAGGCCAAAGAAAAAAAUCCAAGGUUUUUCGACGAAGAUUUGGAGGAUCACCAACCUUUCCCUACUUUGCAAACCGUUCUACAAGAACUCGAUACUCAUGUCGGAUGCAAUAUUGAAAUAAAGUGGAACAUGCAACUAAAAGACGGGACCUUCGAACUCAAUCAUCCCUUCGAUCUCAAUACGUAUCUCGAUAUAAUUCUUAAAGUAACCCUGGAAUAUGGUGGAGAUAGAAAAAUUGUAUUUUCGUCAUUCAAUCCGGACAUUUGUAUAAUGAUCCGUCUGAAGCAGAACAAAUAUCCAGUGGUAUUUUUGACGCAAGGCGUUACGGCGAAGUAUCCAACGUACCACGAUCCCCGAUGUCAAACGAUACCGAUGGCAAUGAAACACGCAAUUGCCGCUGAUAUAUUAGGUAUCAAUGUUCAUACCGAGGACAUCCUUAGAGAUCCCUCUCAAGUAAAAAUCGUCAGAGACGCGGGUCUCAUUAUAUUCUGUUGGGGCGAUGAUAAUAACGACAAAGCAACGAUUCAGCAUCUUAAAAAACUGGGUCUGCAUGCCGUUAUUUAUGAUAAAAUCGAUGAAUACAACGCCAAGGAAGUGAAGGAGAGUAUAUUCCUCGUUGACGCUCGGGAAAGCCAAAAGGCACUAAUAGCUUUAGCUCACAGUAAUCAAACAUGCGGACCGCCUCAACCGGCAAUGCCAGAUCCAAUAACCACGGAAAAAGAGUACUAUUUGGAUUUGGAGCAAUCGAGAAAUCUAAUGACGACUUCAACCGCCACGUCGUUGGCGUCACUCUCGAAAAAUAGCGUCGGAGGUGACAGCGUUUUCCCAAUGCCAACAGAAAAAAUGGUGUGUCACCUGCAAGCUCAGCAGCAAGAAAUGGAAAUUGGUGAUUUAGCGAAAAAUUUCAGCAGCUGCGCCAACAACUUGGGCCAUACGAUUCCGCAUGUAAAUUCAACAGCUCCGAAGAACUCACAACCAUCAUCGUUCCCGGAAUUAUGUACCGACGACGAAUCUGCUAAAGAUUGCCUUUGAUGCUUCCCUUUUUGUAAUAUUUUCUCGUCGUCCUCAAAGAGUGACGUUUAAGUGCUACCGGUUUUAAUUUUCCUUGACAAAACGCGAUUCAAAUUCAAGAUUGUACGAAAAGCAGAAGGUAGCAUUGAUUCCUCGAAAAAUUUUUUCCCUCACAUAUUUAUAACACUGAACUUAAAAAGUGCAAAUUUUUUCCACCUUCGAUACGCUCUUAGGCAAAAUUAUUCUGCGAAUAAUAUUUUUUCGGAAAUGUACCUAAUAAUAUGUGCACAUGUUCAUGUGUACAUAUAAAUACAAAUUUUCUUUUCUAGUACUCGUAGAGAAUGAACUUUAAUCCCUUAUUAGAAAAGUCUGUCGAGUAACUUAUUUUUAUUUCUUUCGCAGUCCAAAAAGUUGUAUUAUUUUAAAAACGUUUAAUAUCGUGAAUUCAACAAAAAUGGAAUAUAAUCGUGUAUACUAUAUUUUUCUAACGAGCACCAUAUUGUAAUAUUCCAGUACGUUACUGAACUUUGACAAGUGCAAGGAAUGUUUGUAAUCAUCAAAGUUUACGAUCUACUCAUUUAUUAGGAUGUGGGUAUUUUUUUCUUUUCAAUAUAUGAAUGCAAUCUGA